AUGAAGAAAACUACCUGGAAUAGAAAGAACUUCCUGCUUGUAGUAGGACUGUCAGUUAUAGGUGUCCAUUUAGGAAGCCUGCUUGUGAACUUUGUUGCAAAAAAGUCUGCUCAAUCACAUUCAGAAGCUAAGAGGGACCGUGGGGAAUGAAAUAACUUCCUGCCGUCACUAUUUAUCAGUUUUGCAACAUGAUAUAACCCUGGUUUUAAGAGAGCUGUGAUGAAUCGUUUCAGGAAUGUUAUAUAUACUGUUUCACACUGAAAAUAAUAAUCCUUACCUGCGAAGAAUUAGAAUGUACUACUCUUAAAAUUUAAAAGUGCAAUGAAUUAUAGAUCCAAGUAAAAAUGAAAUGUUUUGUUGGCUGGAAUUAAAAUCUUACCUUCAAAAUGUC